AUGCGUCUUGAAACCAUUCCUGAGGAGGGCACCGAGGACAGCCAUGUUGAUCCUCCGAGCCCCGUAAAUCUCAACUGGACGAAUGCAAUAAGCAGAUAUUAUCACGAACUUCACAAAGGAGGGAUCGAGCAGUCAGUUAUUGACAAAGAUUUGUGGAUUAUUCAAAGUCCGGAGGAUCUUUUCACCCAGAUUGAGCCGCUUGACGAAGUACAAGGCUCACAGUCCAGCCCCUGGCCGGGUGCCAUCACCCAACUGAGGCCUAUACUUGUUGCCCUGAACGAUUUUGUUGCUGUUACCUCAUGGGUCAUGGGGGCGAAGGCCAAAUUUGCCGCAGUCUUAUGGGGCUCUUUUAGAUUGAUUUUGAAGUUUGCCCAGCCGGUCCUCGCCGAUGUUAUCGAGAUGAUCGAGAGCCUAGAGCACGCGCUGCCCCAAAUAAAACAAUACGACAACGGGCUUCCCAUGGCACUAGAGUUGGAAGGACCCCUGUCGGACGUGUAUGGCGAGAUCGUCGUGUUCUGCGCACAUGCCAUAGUUGUACUUCGCAACUCCCCUGACAUUGGGCACAACAAGCUGGUGCGAUAUAAAUUCUCCAAAGAUAUAUAUCGGAUUAUCGAAAAUAUCCGGAAAUUCUCCCAGCAGGUAGAUAAAGCCGCAGGGAUAAUCACACUCUUCAGAGGAACGAAGAACAUAGAUACCAUUGCCGCACCUGAGGACUUAAAAAUAGCCAACAAGCCCGAAGGCGCCAACUUGCCUUGUUUAAUGGUACCUUAUGGGCUGAACUUAAAUUUCUUUGGCCGAGAGAAUGAGUUGGCUUUUCUUAGAGGGGCUCUUGAUCCGUCGAUCGGGACCACGUUGCGUGCUAUUCGCGUUCAUGGCCUAGGGGGUGUUGGCAAAACGCAGCUGGCUCUGCACUAUGCCAAUACGUCUAGAAACAUAUAUAAAAUUAUUGCAUGGAUUCCUGCGGAGACAGAUAUCAGAAUCAUGCAAGCAAUUACAAAUCUAGCCUCAAGGCUUGGGCUUGUCAAAGAUUCCAACGAAGACGAUCGUCACAACCUCCAAACAGUGCGCGAAUGGCUCAACAAGACAGAUGCCCCAUUUCUCCUCAUUUUUGACAACUUGGAAAGGUCUGAGUUGCUGGGUCAAGUGUGGCCGACGAGUGACAAAGGGUCAGUUCUCAUUACCACUCGCUGUCCUUCACAAGCCUGGAGGCAGGACCCAGCCGACCUUGCACUGAGCCCCUUCUCUAUUGAAACAAGCAAAGCCGCCUUCGAAUCGCUGGCGGGACUGGUUCCUGUAGACCAAGAAGACGAAGCAGCCAUGGUAGAGUCCUGCGCCCUUCUAGGAGGGUUACCGCUGGCCAUGGUCCAGGUUAGUGGUUUCAUUCGCGAUCUUGGCUGCUCAUACGUAGAGUUUCUGCAGAUCUACAAGAAAUCGGCUGAGAGGUUAUUUGCCAAACUUGAUAUUCCUAUCGAGUACAAUGCUACUGCGUUGACAACAUGGGAAGUCUCGGUGGAGAGGCUGUCCGAAGACGCCAAGAAUUUACAAAACCUACUCGUGUUUCUUGACCCAGACCUCAUCCCUGAGCGUCUUCUUACUGAUACGACGGCCGGAAUUGAAGACCCUUGUUAUGAAUUUCUUACAGACGAGUUUGACUUUGGGGAGGCCGUCGCUGAGCUAUGGAGGACUUCAUUGGUUCGCCGUCUAUCAGGCAUCAAAGCGCUUUCCCUUCAUCGCAUAUUCCAAUUAGCUGCUUUCUCAAAGAUCCCGAAAGAGAAAAGGGUUUAUCUAUUCGACCUCACUGUUGAAAUUCUCUCAUUCGACUUUCUAAACUCUUGGAAGGCCCAAGGCCCAUACCAAGGCCAUGGUUACGAUUUUUGGGAGACGUGUAGCGCCGUACUGCCUCACAUUAUUUGGUUGAAGGGAUUAAGCGACAAAUACAAAAUCAAGCCAGAUAACUUAGAGAAAUGGGCUGAGUUGUUGUUUAGAGCCGGAACUUACCUUUGGGAAACGCAACAGCCUGCUCUGGCAAAAGAAUUUUUCCAGUAUGGCCUUCAUGCAGGCUCCGAGAUGCCUGCUCAAAUAUCUGCACGGGAGUCUAUCAAUGGCAUUGGAUCAACUGCUGUCGCCGAUGUGUGCGACUCAGUUGCCUGCUCUUACACCGAGAUUGGCGAUGCAGACAACGCGUUCAAGUAUCUGCAACGAGCGACUGAUAUCCAUAAUUCCCAUGACCCCAAUAAAAUGAGUCGCACUAUAGCUAUUGAGGCGAUGACAUAUCUCCGUGCUGGAAAGCCUGACGAAUCACUUGCCGCCAUCGUCAAAUGCUGGCGGCUUCAAGGCAAGACGCAACAAGAGAUCGAGAAUUCACCCUACCCUAAGCAUAGUGGCGAUAUUAUGCUUUUAUCACGGAUUUAUUGGCUGCAAGGGAAGAAGAAACAAGCUGAGGAAUUGACUUCUCAUGCCCUCAAGAUGCGCAGAGGCACCUUUGGAGAGAACGGAGGACCACGGGUGGCAGACUCGCUCUUCGCGCUGGCCCGAAUCUUGGAGGACUUUGAGGAAUACGCACUCGCCGCAGGGCUAUUGAGUCGGAUCGUUGCGAUGAGCGGUGAUGGCCUCGAUAUGAGGCCACACCUUGCGAGGGCUUACUGGUUUAGUGCUAACAUGGAGGCAAAGAUUGAUCAGGGGGGCAAUCAUGUUGCAGAACUGAGAAAGAAAGCCCGAGAAGCUCGGAAGACUAUUGACUCUCGUGAGUGGCCGGAUGAUGAUACGGACGAGGGAUUUAUGAGAUUAGUAGGAUGGAUGUUAUGGUGA